AUGAACAGAAACGACCCAGUAUACAAUAUCAAUGGCAUAAGAAAUGCUUUUUUUUCUGAAAUUGCCUUUGGGGUCUCAGCCAACACCAUCCUCCUGCUCUCCCACGUGGUCACAUUCUUUCAGGAACUCAGGCACAAGCCCAUCAACAUAACUAUUGGUGUCCUGGCUCUAAGCCACAUCGUGAUGCUGCUGGCCAUGGCUGCCAUGGCUACAGAUAUUUUGGGGUCCCAGGGGUUUUGGGAUGACUUCACAUGUAAAUCAGUGAUCUCCUUGUACAGGCUGAUGAGGGGUGUCUCUAUUUGUGCGACGUGUCACCUGAGCAUCCUCCAGGUCAUCCUCCUCAGCCCCAGAAGUUCCUGUUUGGCAAAGGUCAAACCAAACUCCCUCUGGCACAACUUGUGCUGCUUUCUCUUCCUGUGGGCCUUCCACAUGUCCAUUAAUGGCUUCGCGAACUCCAUUGUGGUUGCCCACAAUGUGACCUCACACAUUCUUAUACUGGUCACUAAAUCCUGCUCUCUCUGGGUUGUUAGUGACAUCAUGAGACACUUACUUUCUAUACUGGCUGUCUUCCGGGAUACCUCUCUAGUAGGGCUCAUGGUACUUUCAAGUGUAUACAUGGUGACUGUCUUGUGCAGACAUAAAAAGCAGUGUCAGUACCUUCACAACACCAGCAUUUCCCGCAAAGCAUCCCCAGAGCAGAGGGCCAUCCGGAACAUUCUGUUGCUAGUGAGUUUCUUUUUGGUCACGUACUGUCUGGAUUCCAUUGCCUCCUCCUGGAGAGUUAUGUGGAAUAAUGACUCAACCCAUCGCUGUGUUCAGAUGUUUGUGUCCAAUGGCUAUGCCACGUUCAGUCCUUUGGUGUUCAUCAGUACUGAACAACGUAUAAUUAACUUUUUGAAAACCACACAGGGCCAACAGUAA